CCCACUCUCGCUUUUCUCUGCGCCACAGCCCAGAUCCGGCCGAACGCAGCCCGUCCCUCCACGCCCGUUGCACUGGGGCUCCUGCCGCGCGGGCCCGCCCGACAAGCCACCAUACGCCACACUCGCUCCCUGCGUGUGGGCCAUUCUCGUCAGGAUUAUCUUCCCUGCGCGUGCGACGGAACAAACCCCGGGCAAUCCAAUCCAGGUUGUUUGGAUUUCGCCCGAGUAUCUCGACCCUGUAACAAACCGGGCCCUCCAUAAAUACGUAGCCGCACGCAGACAUCGUUCCGUACCACCACGCAACCCCCCGUAUACGCCACCACAACGUCAAGGGUAAAAUCGCGCGCCGCCGCGGGAGUUCUAGCCGAGAAAAGCAACGUAGAAGCUUCGGUAUACACCCUGGGUGCUUGGGAGGGCAUCGUCAAGCAAGGGCUCGGUCGGCGUUAGCUGGAAUUGCUCACCGGCGUGUUUCCUCUGCCGCGGAUCCGCCACACGGCGGGCCAGGGCAUUGGCAGGGCCGACCCUGAGGGUAUGCAGGAUAUGCGACCGCUCAGGGCCCCUAAGGUCUGUAGGGCCCCCGUUUAUUCAGUUUAUAUCCAAAUACAUAUACAUUACAGAUAAAUCUCUAUUCUCGUUCUUUUGUUGUGUCUCUUUGGUUUUCUGGCAAUCAUCUCUUCGAGGUCGCGCAACAGUCUGCUUGAUGACGAAUACUAAAUAUUGAUUGACGUGAGAAGGACAGAUGGUGUUGUACACUUGUGCCUGUCGCGUUGGUUAAUUCUAGCUUACCGAAGGGUCAACCCUAAUAACCUAUAUUGCUUAAUCAAUGUUUAGUUUGUUGAACUUUGUUUUCAGAAAAUUUGCUCUAAUGUAUUUAGAUUUGGUAUAUUGUGCAUUUUAAGGUUUAGGUUAGUUUGACAAAUUAAAAGUAAAAAUACUCGCUCUCAAAAUUCAAAACAAAUGCUGAGUUAUAUUACAUAAUUUGUAUAAUUUUACGACUCAUAAAAUAUUGUAACAAUGUCUCCAAUCAUAUCAUUUUGAAUAAAAUUGUGUAAAUCAUCAACUUCUUUUAUUUUUCAGAUAUUAUUUAAAAGUUAAAAAACAGCAGAUUUAAAUCUUCAUAUAGGGUCUUCAUAGAUUUUCGCUUAGGGCCCCCGAAAUAUCAGGACCGGCCCUGAGCAUUGGGCAGGGGCCAGAGCCGCUCGCGUCCCGCAAAGAUCGGCAACAGAAACGAUUCAGCGUCAGGUUGUUGAACUGCAGAGGAGAAGAUCAAGUUUGUCGGCUAGAUUAGCGAUUCAGCCUAUAUUAACACGAACCCGUGGUAGCCACGUUCAUAUUUCCUUUCACUCUGAUCCGUCCACCCGAUCGACCGGAUCUAAGUUCCCAAAACACCAAACGACCAAAAUUGCAAUGGAGAACCAGACGGCGGCGGCGGAGGCGGAGGACCAUAUCAGCAAGCUGCCGGACGACGUUCUCGUCCACAUCCUCUCCCUCUGCCCUUACUAUACUCUCAUGAGAACGGUUUCGGUUUCAACAUCGUGGCAGCGCCUCCUCACCCAACAACUCCCGGACCUGAUCUUCUACUUGUCGUAUCCUGUGCACAAGGAUCCGUCCAUGGAAACGCCGAGCGAGGAGCGCGUCCAGAGCAUGGCGCGGACGCUCCGCCGCCGGUGCCACGGCACAGCAGCAGACUACACUAUCAAGAAUCUUCGUCUGGUCUACAGAAAGGACGUGGCCAUGGAAUGCCGGUACGUAGACGAGUUCAUCGCGCUCGCCAACGCCACGAAGCUGGAGCUCGCCCCCCACAUGGGCGCCGAGUCCUUCUCCUCCUCACUUGUCGCGGACGCAGCCGGCGACUGGUCUGUCGAGCUGCCGCCGGCUACGGUCGAGUUGGAGGUGCGGCCGUUCUGCUUUGCCGUGAGGCCGCCGCGCAUCCACGGCCCCGGCGUCAACGUCCUUCGGUCCCUUACGCUGCAUGGGCACACGGUGGUUCGCGAGGACUUCCCCCUCACCGUCACCGUGUUCCCGUCGCUGGAGGACCUGCACAUCGGCAACUGCACCCUUGCUGCCAGUAUGACCAUCUCGUCGGACACCAUGCCUCGCCUCAAACACCUCCGCUUCACCGAGGUCAGCGUGAGCGCGGAUGACACCAAAGCCGCCAUCACCGUGCUCGCCGAUGACCUGAGGACUCUCCGCAUGUCAUGCCGGCAGUGUAGCUAUACUGUAUCGCCAUCGGAGCCGCUCAUGUUCACGUGCGGCGGGCACGGCUCGGCCUUGUUCACCAAAUACUCUUUGUUCCGCUUACGCGCACCCAAGCUGGCGGUGUUCGAGUGGCGAUGCUGCUAUGCUGAUGAGGUGCGCGUUGACGCCGUGGGCCGCCUCUCCGACGUCACGAUCGAGAUCGCCGCCGGUAGGACACGGACGAGGGUUCCCAUAGGCACGGAACCUAAGUUCGUGACAGUACAACAACGUGACAAACUUAUGACCGACAUCCUUCAAGGGCUUAUGCCAGGGCUGCAGCCGCGCACCUGGAAAGAUGUCACGAGGUACGUAUGCAUUAUGCUUAGCUUUGAAUUCUUGGAUUGUUAUUUCUUGUUUGACUUUAUUUCAUGUAUAUAUAUCCACAUAUACAAAUUCAAAUAAGCUAGCCAUGUUUUGGUCUAAAUUGUUCGAGCUAGCAUAUCCAUGGACCAUUGCUUAUAAUAUAUAUCUAACCAUGCAUAUCGAAUUUGCAUAAACUAUAUAUCCGUCAUUGUUUUGGUCUAAGAAUCUAAAGCUUGAAUCUUGUCUUUUAAAUAAGGAAAUAGUUUCAAUCUAGACAUAUAUGUGCUUGAGCGAUGCUUUGAACAAGACUAACAUGUAUGAUGAUAUAAAUCAUUUUCCUUCCAUUUUACAGGCAAUGCAUGCAACGUGAUGAGAGGUGGUUGUGCUUUGAAGUCACCGAUGGUUACCCUGCUACCGAAUGAAUUAAAGCACUAACAGCCGGAGAUACGCGUGACGCAUCAACUUCAAGUUUGUCGAGUGCUAGAAAUAGUUACUAUACAGUUCUUUGUUUUUGUUGGAUGGCCAAAUAAUAUUAUAAACUAAAUCGUUGUUUUUGUUUUUGUUGGAUGGCCAAAUAAUUUUGCUCACCAGUUAAGCCGGUUAAAUAUUAAUCUUGUAACAUCCGGUUAUACAUGGACAUGCAUGCAGUGCCCUGAGGGCAUCUCGAGUAGUUCCUCCGGGAAAAAAAACCUAAAUUUAAUUUAGUGUGUUAGUAACAGAAAUCAUUCUACAACAGUUUUUUAAAUGAGGUGACUAAAUAUACUAAGUUUCUAAAUAUCCUAUUUAGUUCUCAAACUUGGGAAGAAGCUGUCUCGCACUAGGGAGCCGUUAAAUCACUUGUUUGUCAUUGAGUUUCUCCUGAAACAAAGAAUCUUCUUCAUUAGUUUCAUUCACAACAGUAUACGCCUCGUAUGGCCGAGGAAUUUGGCUUGCUGUCUCGCCUCCAAUAGCUCUGUAGCUUCAGCAGCAACAGCAUUGAAGUGCUCUUUAGUAUUGCUAACAUUGUCGUGUUGCAAAGCUUUAAAGGAAGGGGGAGUUGUAGUCGACUUGAUGUGGGCCAUUAUAAAUAAGCAAAUGCAUACCACAAGGGCUAAGAGUAGCUUUAGAGACAAAGUCAAGGCUCGGGCGGGCUCAAGCAAUGAAUGAAUGUUGUAGGUUUGAGCCCAUUAUGGAAAAUAUGAACUAAUUAAUCCUAAGGAGCUAGGGACUAUUGUUGGGGAUGGAGAAGGAUUUUAGCCAAGGGUCUUGUUUAACAAAAACUAAUGUUUUAGUGUGAUUUCAUGGAAGAUAACUUUGGACCAUGGAUCUGAAUCAGCCAAUCGCCGUGUGCAUGAGAGAAACAGUCUCUGUUCAAACCCAGCACCACCACUAAUUUCCGCUGUGCUCUUGCAUGCUGCUGCCGGACCGCUCUCCGGUCUUUCUCUCUCCAUAUAUAGCGCACCUCCGCCGAGUCGUCUCUCCACACUCGCUCUCGCCACUGUCGUCCACCGAUCCGUCAUGGCGACUGCUGCGCCAUUGUUGCUCUUCCACGGUCUCCUCCUCCUCCUCUCCCUGGCGCUCGGCGCCCAUGGCGUGAACGUGAAGCCCGGGGAGCACCACAUCCUCAACAGGCAGAGCUUCCCCCCGGGGUUCGUCUUCGGCACGGCGUCGUCGGCGUACCAGGUGGAGGGGAACACGCACAGGUACGGGCGCGGGCCCUGCAUCUGGGACACCUUCCUCAAGUAUCCAGGCACUACUCCUGAUAACGCGACCGCGGACGUGACAGUCGACGAGUACAAUCGCUACAUGGAUGAUGUGGACAAUAUGGUCCGGGUUGGCUUCGACGCGUACCGCUUCUCGAUCUCAUGGUCGCGUAUUUUCCCCAGUGGGAUUGGGAGGGUUAACAAGGAUGGUGUGGACUAUUACCACAGGCUCAUCAACUACUUGCUGGCGAACCAUAUUACUCCCUACGUGGUUCUCUACCACUACGACCUUCCUCAGGUGCUGCAGGACCAGUACAAUGGCUGGUUGAGCCCCAGGAUCCUGGGUGAUUUCACAGCUUUCGCCGACUUCUGCUUCAAGACGUACGGCGACCGGGUGAAGAACUGGUUCACCAUCAACGAGCCGAGGAUGAUGGCCCAGCAUGGCUACGGCGACGGCUUCUUCCCCCCCGCCAGAUGCACCGGCUGCCAGUUCGGCGGCAACUCCGCCACCGAGCCGUACAUCGCCGGCCACCACCUCCUCCUCGCGCACGCUGCCGCUGUCAAGCUGUACCGCAGCAAGUACAAGGUUCGUCAGGCCGGCAAGAUCGGCAUCCUGCUGGACUUCGUGUGGUACGAGCCGCUGACCAAGUCCGUGGAGGACGAGUACGCGGCGCACCGGGCUCGGAUGUUCACCCUUGGCUGGUUCCUGCACCCCAUCACCUACGGCCACUACCCGGAGACGAUGCAGAAGAUCGUCAUGGGGAGGCUGCCCAACUUCACCUUCGAGCAGUCUGCCAUGGUCAAAGGCUCAGCGGACUACGUCGCCAUCAACCACUACACCACGUACUACGCCAGCAACUUCGUCAACGCCACAGAGACCAACUACCGCAACGAUUGGAAUGCAAAGAUUUCGUAUGAGCGAGAUGGUGUGCCCAUUGGCAAAAGGGCGUACUCGGACUGGCUUUACGUCGUUCCAUGGGGGCUCUACAAGGCUCUGAUUUGGACCAAGGAGAAGUUCAACAGCCCUGUGAUGCUCAUCGGAGAGAACGGAAUUGACCAGCCUGGAAAUGAGACCUUGCCGUUCGCUCUGUACGACAAGUUCAGGAUAGACUACUUCGAGAAGUACCUGUACGAGCUCCAGUGCGCCAUACGCGACGGUGCAAACGUCUUCGGCUACUUCGCGUGGUCGCUGCUGGACAACUUCGAGUGGCGGCUCGGCUUCACCUCCAAGUUUGGGAUCGUGUACGUGGACCGGAACACGUUCGUCCGGUACCCCAAGGACUCAGCUCGCUGGUUCAGGAAGGUCAUCAAGAACGAGAACUGAAUGAUCGAUCGGCCGGUCCAUUAUUAAGGAACGAACUCCAUGCGUUUCUUUUUAGCUAGGGGUAUAGUAGUGCGUGUAGGGGGUGCAUCGAUCAGUUUGGUCAUUUCAAUAAAAUGCUUGUAGUUGUUGUUUUGGACUUCGAAUAAUAAAAAUACUACUUCCCUUCUCAAA